AUGGCGGAGCUCGCGGCGGCUGGUGUUCCCGUCCAGGUGCAACUUCCCGACGAGGCGCUUCAGCUCGCGCAUGCCCUCCUCGCCGCGUCGCAGCAGGGCACGAUCUCGGAUGUCGCAGGAUUGCUGGAGCGCGACGCGCCAGCUUGGUACCAGGACGACUCUCUCGGCUGGUCGUGUCUGCACUACGCGGCUGAGAGGCGGGAACCUGCCCUCCUCCGCAAACUGCUAUCGGGCGGAGCGGUCUGGAACGCGGUGGACAAGUGGGGCCGCACGGCUGGCGAGAUCUGUCUUUCGCUCGGUGACAAGACAGGAUGGGAGAUUAUCCGCAACGAGGGAGUGCGGGCUGAGAUGCUCCACCAUGCGCUCAGGGAGGCGAACAAGCUCAAGGCGGCGGAGAAGGAGGAGAUGACGGUCGAGCCGGGAGAAGAGGGCAAGGAAGGCGCCGAGGUCACGCAGACGGGAGACGGAAUUACGCUGCGAAACCACGACGAGAGCAGUGCCGGCGACAACCUCGCCUUCCUCGCUAGCAAGCUGACGUGGGAGACGGGAGAGGACGGACGCGAGCGCGUCCUCGACGCGGACGGCAACGGCGUCAUGAUGGGCUGGGAGGAGCCACUCAUGCGCGAACACGUCCGCCUCAUGGCGCCCCGCGAGGAUCUCUCAAUCCUGAGCGUCGGCUUCGGACUUGGCAUCGUCGAUCGUCUGUUCCAGGAGACCAAGCCCCGGUCCCACGUCAUCAUCGAGGCGCACCCGCAAGUACUGCAGCACAUGCGCGAUACGGGAGUGUACGACUGGCCGAACGUGACUGUGCUUGAGGGACGGUGGCAGGACUUUGCCUCUGGUGAGGGGCUCGAGAAGCUCCUUGAGGCUGCGCAGGGAGGGUUCGACGCCGUGUUCGUUGACACGUUCGCGGAGGGAUAUGAGGACCUCAAGGCGUUCUUCGAGAUCCUCCCUGACAUUCUCAACCCGGAGGGCAUCUUCUCAUUCUGGAACGGUCUUGGUGCUACGAAUCCGACGAUCUACGCCGUGUCGUCCUCUCUCGCCGAGCUGCACCUCGACGAUGUCGGUCUCGAGGUCGAGUGGCACACCGUGCCGAUCGCGCAGAGUCUCGCCGAGGAGGUGUGGAAGGGCGUCCGCAGGCGAUACUGGGAGCUGCCGGGUUACCAGCUUCCGAUCGCAAAGAUGCGCCUGAUGUAG